UUUGAGUUUGACGUUAGUGAUUAAAACUGUUUUUGUUUACAUGACGCGAUCGGUGAAUUUCGGGUAUUAAUUAUUAUUUUGUGCGUUAACUAUAAACUAACAUAAUACAUAUGUUAGCAAAUUAUAACACAAAAUGCCAAAAGCAUUCACUGAAAUGCUUGAAAAUGGGCAUUCAUACGACGAGCCCGAUCGAAUGCCGAAAAAUAUUACGAUAUCUAAUUUGGAUAUAAUAAUGUAUGUGGUUGCUAUUAUAGGCCACUUUGUGGAUCUGGGUUUAGACAUAAAUGUAGCUGUUCAAUACUGCUUAGCGAGCAGAAUGUUAGAGUUUGGCUGGACCCUGAUUUUUAUACUUUUACCAGCAUUUGUUAACACCGCUGUUUCAGUGAGGAUGUAUUCUCAAGAUAAACAGCAGAACUCAUUAAGCAACGAAUUCACAAAGAGGAAGUGGUUACGAAUAUUCAUUCUGGUUCUUCAAAUGGCGCCCAUACUCCGAUUUGCUGAUGCCUUGAUUUACGCAAUGAAGUCCCGUCGAGCGGAACGCAAGCGCGAUGAGGCCUCCCAGCGCAUGUAUUACAGCCUGAUGCUCAAGGAGGACUCCGAUGCUGCACUGUUGAGGAUCUUCGAGUGUUUCCUGGAGGCAGCGCCGCAGCAAGUGUUGCAAAUGAGCCUGCUGAUGAGGCAGUUCUCGGAUGUGGAUAGAGAUUUGUUCGCUGUGCAUCAAAUACUCUCAAUCUGCUCCUCCAUAAUUGGCAUGGGCUGGUGCUUAGCGGCAUACCAGCGAGCGAUUCGGUUCGCGCAACAGGACAAGGGCAACAUCACGUGGUGUGGCACUGUUUUACAAGUGUUGUGGCACUUUUUGGUUACGUUGAGCCGAAUAACAUCACUAUCGAUUAUAUCGUAUCUCUUCCCCUAUUGGACGAUACUAGCUUGCGCGAUCCAUAUCCUCAUAAUGACAACUUGGCUGCAACUCCUCGAACAAUCCGCAUUUUGCGCGCAAAAUAAAUUCGGCGAAGUUUUUUUCUCAUUAGCGUUGGGCGGAGUUUAUUUAUUCACAUACAUUCUACCCGUCGAAGGUCGGACUAGAUACAGAUACACAAUGUUCUAUAGUCUAUGCUUUGUCCAAAAUGUUGUCUGUGGUGUUCUGUGGUUUAUUUACGCGGGAAACGAUUUGAACGUUUCAAUAUUUUAUUAUCCGAUUUUAGUUUUAAGCGUCGUGCCAUAUGUGUUCGGUUUAGUAUUUAUGCUAAUUUAUUAUAGAUUUUUUCAUCCGAAACUUAGUGUAAGUUUAUCGGUUUCGUUUAAAGGUGAGGAAGCUGAGAUAAGUUCUUAGUAACGUGCCAAAGUUUUAUGGUAACUAUUAUGCUAUAACAAAAGAUGUAAAAUAUUAUGAACGAAGUAUUAGAACGCUCAAAUAUUCCUGUAGUAUUUAAUUAAUAGAAAUGUAUGGAAACGUAUUGAUUACGGAAAGUGUGAUAUCACAACUCUAAUGCCUCCUCCACACUACUCGCGAAGUUCCUCGGCGAAGUACUCGGCCGAAGUUGAAUGAAGUCCGCGGUGCUACACUACACACUCGUUCAACUUCGC